AUGGCAGCAACCGACUCUCAGCUCUUCGAGGACACCUUCCACAUCCAGACCUUCGACCAGUCCAAGUAUGACCGCGUGGCGCGCAUCGGCGGCAAGUCGCACGACGACGACACCUUCAUGACGCUCGACAUCAACACGGAGCUGUACCCCUGCGCCAUCGACGAUAACCUGCAGGUCGUCAUCGCCACCACGCUCGCCCUGGACGGCAGCAAAGACGGUGGCAAGGGCUGGCGCGACGUGAGUCAGCACGGCCCUGGCGGCGAGCCGACGCUGGCGGACAUGUUCGAUUAUGUGUGCCAUGGGAAGGUGUACAAGUUUGAGGAUGCGGAAGAUGGAGCCACGAUUAAGGCGUAUAUCUCGUUUGGGGGACUGUUGAUGGCGCUUGAGGGCCCGUACAAGAAGCUCACGUCGUUGAGAGUGGACUACGUUUACCUGUUGGUCAAGAAAUAG